AUGUCGCUUACGCAGCUACCCUUGACCAUCGUCGUCGCGGCUACCGCGAAGAAUGGCAUUGGAAAGAAUGGCGGGCUGCCCUGGCCCAUGUUGAAGAAAGACAUGGGCUAUUUCGCUCGCGUCACCAAACGCGUCCCGAUGCCAAAGGAUACAGGUUCGCUGCAAUCCGAUGCUCUCAAGGACACGAUACUGUCGGGAACGCGCCGAAAUGUGGUGAUCAUGGGCCGCAAGACUUGGGACAGCAUACCUCCAAAAUUCCGGCCUCUGAAGGACCGCACAAGCAUUAUCAUCAGCAGCCAAGACCGCUCAAGGCUUCCAUCAAUACCGGAAGAUGUCGUCGUGGCCUCAGAUAUCCUUUCGGGACUCCGCUCGCUCGAAGCGAUGGUGAAAGAAGGCAGGGCUUUACCAGUUGGGAGGGCUUUCGUGAUCGGCGGCUCCAGUAUCUAUGGGGCUGCUCUGAAACUGCCACAGACGAAUCGGGUCCUCUUAACAAGAAUCUCGUGUCCCUACGAAUGUGAUACGUUCUUCCCCGAGACUCUAGGGGAGGGAGAUCAGGCCUCUUCUUGGGCACAAGCAUCUCAUGCCGAGCUGCAAGAUUUUGCAGGCGAGGAGAUUGAGGAAGGGUCUGUCGUUGACAAGGCCGGCGAUGAGCAAGUGAAUCUGGAGUUUCGAUUGUACGAACGCGCAUAG